GUUUACUUAAAAACUGUAUCGCUUUUAUUGAGUACUUUUUAUUUACUAUUUGAUUGAUUUUAGGCAAUGGUUCUAUAAAGUGUCGACCUUAGUUCAUAGCUUAGGCAAUUUUCCGCUUGUUUUAGGCCAUUAAAUUUAUUGAGUGCAGUUUGGCGUACAAUAUGAUGGACGUUAGCAGCAUGUACGGCAACCAUCCGCAUCAUCAUCCACAUGCCGCUGCCUCGGCCUACGAUGGCUACGGCAGCAACUACUUUCCCUCGCCGACCCACCAUCUGCAGCAGCAGCAACAGCAACAACAGCAGCAGCAACACCAGCAACAACUGCAGCAGCAGGUGCAACAACAACAGCAGCAGCAACACCAACAGCAGCAACAUCAGCAACAACUGACCUACAAUGGCUACGAUAGCAACUCGCCCAACUACUAUCAACAGCAGCAACAGCUCACGCCACCGCCAACCCAACACCAGCUGCAACAUCCGCUGGCUCAGCAGCAGCAACAGCAGCAACAACAGCAGCAGCAACAACUCUAUCCGCAUUCGCAUCUCUUCAGUCCCAGUGCAGCGGAAUAUGGCAUCACAACAUCGACCAGUGGAGGAGCAGGAGCAUCCAACAGCACGCCAUUGCAUCCCACAAGCCAUUCACCUGCCGAUUCUUACUACGAAAGCGAUUCGGUGCACUCUUACUAUGCCACAGCAGCGGUGGCAACUGUGCCGCCUCCUGCCAACAAUUCGCCGGUCACAGCAGCCAAUGCCACACAACAGCAACAACAGCAGCAGCAGCAGCAACAACAGCAACAGUCUCUUGAUGCGCAUGCGCCCAUCAUCAGCUCUGAGAAUGGCAUGAUGUACACCAAUCUGGACUGUCUCUAUUCGCCCAGUGUAGCACAGCAGGCGCAGACGCAACCGUUGGGCUAUGGUGCUCAGAUGGAGGAGAAAUACGCGGCAGUGUUGCAUGCAGGAUACGCAGCAGCGCCACCGGGAUUGCUGCUGGAGGAUCAGGAUCCCAUGAUGCAGCUGGCUGCCGGGCAGCAGCAGACAACGCCACAAAUGUGGCAUCAUCAUCAGCACAUGGGCGGUGGCUAUCCACUGGAUGCGGGCAUUGCCAUGGACUAUCCACAUGCGCAUUUACAUCACACGCUCAGUCAUGGUCAUCUGGCCAGUUUGACCAGCAGUGCUCAGCAGGCGCAGCAACAACAUCUGCAACAGCAGCAGCAGCAACAGCAACAGCAGCAGCAACAACAACAGCAACAGCAGCAGCAGGCAAAUGGCAACCAGGUUGUGCCACAGCAUGCACUCUCUCCAAACGGUUCGAGUAGUUGCAUGAGCAUGUCCCGCAAUCAACGCGGCGGUGGCGUCACAUCGCCUGGCAGCUCCACCUCAUCCUCAACAGCAUCGGCGUCGGCGGGCAACAAUGCGUCGCACCAAUCGAGUUCACAAUCAAAAUCGCCAAAUCAUGCGCCCAACAUUCCGACCUACAAAUGGAUGCAGCUCAAACGGAAUGUUCCCAAGCCACAAGCACCGAAACUACCUGCCAACAUCAGCAACAUGCACGAUUACCAACUCAAUGGUCAUCUCGACAUGUGCCGCGCCGGCAACGUUGGCGGCACCUCCGCCGUCUUGCCCAUCCAGAAUCCCCUGCUGCUGUCCAGCAAUCCAACUCCAGGCAGCGCAUCUAGCGGCCUGGGCGUGGGCCUCACCACUGGCAAUGGCGGUGGUGUUGCCGGCUCAGUGGCUGGCCUCAGCAGCUGCAGCCUGUCGUCCACCAACAACUCGGGUCGCACCAACUUCACAAACAAGCAACUGACCGAGCUGGAGAAGGAGUUUCACUUUAAUCGCUACUUGACGCGCGCCCGACGCAUCGAAAUCGCCAAUACGCUGCAGCUAAACGAGACGCAGGUCAAAAUCUGGUUCCAGAAUCGCCGCAUGAAGCAAAAGAAACGCGUGAAGGAAGGUCUCAUUCCGGCGGACAUUCUAACGCAGCACAGCGCACCCGUGAUAACUGAAAAGCAGCCCCAGCAACAGCAGCACCAACAACACCAGCAGCAGCAGCAACAGCAACAACAGCAGCAAACCGAGUUGAAGGCUUCUGAAUUGGUCAGCAGUGAAUUGGCAACAACAGCAACAUCAGCGGCAGCAGCAGCAACAGCAACAACAGCAGCCAAACAAAGUUGAACAAUUUCGAUUGUUGCUGUUUGUUGUUAUUGUUGUUAUUUCUAUGUUAUAGGUGCUGCUGUUGUUGUUGUUAUUCUUAUUGUUGUUGGUUUUUGUUGUUAUAUUAUGUUGUGUGAAAUUGCCAAAUGUCGACCGCAUUUUGUUGUGAUAAUUAAAUAGAAAAAUAAAAUGGCAAAAAAUUAACAAAUUUCAAAUAAAACAAAUAUUAUGUCAUACUUGUAGCCAAUUGCAAAAAAAGAAAAUGCUAAAAAAAUAAAUUCUUUCGUAUUUUGUACAAAUCACAAAUCAAAUGCUAGCAUCUGUAGAAUCGGAGCUGUAAAUAGUACUAAAAUCUAACCGAUAAUACGGCAGCUGAAUUGUAGACUAGCAUUAACUAAACUCAGGGUUAUACAUACUAACAAACUAACUACUUUCUUACUAACUAACGAAAUAACUGUAACUGUAUCACACAGAGCAAUCGACUUUCAACUUAUAAAUACAAAUGCAAAAUACGCUAAACUAAAUCAAAAUCUAUAUGAAAACUGCAUAAUCGUAAGCAAUAGCGCCCAAGCUAUAUAGCCAAUAGCAUAAUAUAGUAUCUAAAUUAUAAUGUACUCGUUCGUACUCGUAAAUUGUACACGUAUGUAGUAUUAUUAUUAUUGUUUUACUAUAAGCAAGGCCUUCUACGAUACAAGAACAAAAGUUAUUCGUUUUGUGUUCGAACAAAUUGGUAUUCAUUCUUAAUGUAUGUACUAUAUUUAAUCUAGUCCUAAUUGUAAUAUACUUAUAACUGUA